AUGCGGCCCCCGUGCCACUGUGUCCUUCUCCUCCUCCUCCUCUUCCACCUCUCUGGGACAUGGGCAGACCUGGACGGGUCCUUCACCGUGCGGCUGCUCCAGACCUCCACCUUCCAAAACAACUCCUUCGUGGACACAGAGGGGCUGGGCCUGCUGGAGGACAUCGAGCUGGGUUCUCUUGAUAAGCACACCUGGACCAUUCGUUUCCACCAGCCCUGGGUGCGCCCAGCCCUGCCACGCAGUGACUGGGACACCAUUCAGAACAUGAUCAAGAUCUAUUUGCAGCAGUUCAGCUACCUGGUCAAUGAAGGUGCCAUGCAGAAGGAGGUGCCCUACCCCUUCGUGGUCCAAUGCACGGCGGGCUGCCAGCUCUACUCCAACAUGACCUCUCGGAUCUUCGGCUAUGUGGGUUACAACGGCCAGGACUUCCUCAGCUUCAGCGUAAGCAAUGGCAGCUGGCUUCUCUCCCAAGACACUGAUCUGUCACGGUAUGUCCAGGCUUUUCUCCAGAACUACACUGCCUUCAGCGAGCUGGUGGAAGUCCUCUUCAACGAUACCUGUGUUGAUGACAUGGAGUUGCUACUGCAGUACGGGAAGGCAGCGCUGGAGAGGCGAGAGCCGCCCGUGGCCACGGUCUUCGCCCGUCCCCAGCUGGGGGCUGGGGACCUCCGGGGACCUCCCCAACACGCCCACACCAGUCCCAUUGGCGAGGAGCCACCACCGUGA